AUGGGUUGCUUCAACACUCAUGCAUCUGGUACUCUGGACCCGCCAGAGGUCCGCAACUGGCGGAUCCACCUCAUCGCACUCAUCGCCUCGAUGUCUGCGCUAGCUAUGGGUUACGAUACAGCCGUUAUUGGCGGGACUAUGGCCCUCGAGUCCUUCAUUCGUGACUUUGGCAUGAACGACAUCGCAAAGAGCAAUCGCGACACAAUACAAGGCAACAUCGUUUCUACUUUCCAGGCGGGAUGCUUCUUCGGAGCGCUUAUCGCUUUCCCCUUUGCGGAACGCAUUGGUCGAAAAAAGACUAUGAUAUUUGCGUCCGCAGUAUUCCUGCUUGGCGGCACACUCAUGACUGCCUCUCAAGGUAGUCUCAACAUGAUCUAUGGUGGUCGUGCCGUAGCAGGUCUAGGCAUUGGCGCCUCAAGUAUGGUCGUGCCUGUUUACAUCUCUGAAACAGCUCCACCUUCCAUCCGUGGCAGGUUGGUCGGUAUUUUCGAAAUCGCUUCGCAAGGUGGAGGUAUGCUGGGCUUCUGGAUCAACUAUGCUUGUGAUCAGACCAUUAGCGUCGAAGGCCAGACGCAAUGGAUCGUUCCCCUUGCGAUCCAGCUCAUCCCUGGUCUGCUCUUGCUUCUCGGUGUCGCAUGGUGCCCUGAGUCACCUCGAUACCUCGCAAAGAAGGACAACUUCGAAGGCGCAGAACGCAUCUUGUGUAAGAUUAGGUGCCUCGACGAGUCACAUGCGUACAUCCAGCACGAGAUGAGCGAGAUCCGCGCGCAAGUCGAACGGCGUAGCGCCAAUCGACAGAGUAAGAAGCAACAGUUCAUGAAGCUAUUUCAGAAGGGUGUGCGUAACCGCAUGGCCAUUGGUCUUGCGCUCAUGUUCCUGCAGUCCUUCACUGGUGUCAACAUCAUCACUUACUAUGCACCUCGCAUCUUCGAAACACUUGGUAUCUCUGGAACGUCGCUGAAGCUCUUCUCCACUGGGUUCUACGGUAUCGCAAAGACACUCGGCAUGUUUACCUUCACCUUCAUCGUUGUCGAGAAGGUUGGUCGUCGCAAGGGCCUUAUCUGGGGAGCUGCGCUCGGUUGCAUACCCAUGUGGUACAUCGGCGGUUAUGUCAUGAAGGCUGAUCCAGCUGGAGCUGCUCUGAGAGGCGAUGUCACACGCAACGGCUGGGGCUACCUUGCUAUGGUCUGCGUUUACAUCAACGCCUUCAUCAUCUGCGCUACGUGGCAGGGGAUCACGUGGACUUACGCUUCCGAGAUCUUCCCACUCGACAUCCGUAUGCUGUGCGUUUCGCUCACGACUGCGGAUACUUGGCUGGGUUCCUUCAUCAUUGCCCGCAGUACCCCAUACAUGAUCUCAGAUCUAGGUUAUGGGGCUUACUUCUUCUUCGCCACUAUCUUAGUCGCAAUGGGUAUCUGGAGUUUCUUCUUCGUACCCGAGACAAAAGGUAUCAGUCUUGAAGAGAUGGACGCCCUCUUCCUAAGGCCGAUGCACCAAGCUGUUUGGGCGCAGCUUCGCGGCAAGCCGAUUUUGACCGAGGAAGAAGUCGUUGCAAGGAAUAAGGGUAUGGAACAUGAGAAGGAUAUUGGUGUUGAGACAAUCGAAACAGUAAAGAGAUGA